AUGGCUGAACAUCUCCAUGCCCGUAACGAUGCCUUGAAGACCAAUGGCUUCUCUUUCAAUGGCAUUCGUACCCAGAUCAACAUCACGCCACGGGGCUCCGACUGGUACUUUACUGUCUGUGCUGUCAUGACAGUCUCCUCCAUCGUCUUCGUCGGAAUGGGAUUGAGGAAGCCACGAACCCACCGCGUCUUCCACUACAUUACUGCGUCUAUCACUAUGGUUGCAGCCAUCGCAUACUUCACCAUGGGCGCCAACUUGGGUUGGGCUCCCACCGCAGUCGAGUACCAGCGCAGUGACCACGAGGUUGCGGGCAGGUACCGCGAGAUCUUUUAUGUUAGAUAUAUCGACUGGUUCAUUACCACUCCUCUACUUCUCAUGGAUCUUCUUCUUACUGCUGGCAUGCCAUGGCCUACUGUCCUUUAUGUCAUACUUGUCGACGAAAUCAUGAUUGUCACUGGUUUGGUUGGAGCCUUGGUUACUACUUCGUACAAAUGGGGAUAUUUUACUUUUGGAUGCAUUGCUCUGGCCUACAUCGUUUACCAGCUCGCUUGGGAAGCUCGAAUUCACGCCAACCAUGUCGGCCCUGAUGUUGGCCGAGUUUUCCUUAUGUGCGGUUCCCUGACUGCCAUUGUCUGGAUUCUCUACCCAAUUGCCUGGGGUGUUUGCGAGGGUGGCAACCUUAUUUCUCCUGACUCUGAGGCUAUCUUCUACGGUAUCCUUGACCUCAUCGCGAAACCUGUAUUUGGCGCCCUACUUCUCUUUGGCCAUCGAAACAUCGACCCUGCUCGCCUCGGAAUGCGAAUCCGAGAUAUCGACGAGCGAAUUAUUCCUGAAGGUCCCAACGUUAAGCCUGGUCAACAGCGAACUGGCGCUAAUGUCAAUGCUCCCGAAGGCUCAACCUCUGCCUAG